CUGGUUUCCUUCCGCGAGCUCUGAACUACUUUGCUCUCCGACGCUCAGCUCACACAUGGACGUGACUUAGUGUGUUUCGGGACAUGACAGAGUGGAGACCAGACAAAGAUGUGAAGACGGCCGGAGUUUGGUUCGGUAGGAGUGCAGAGCGGAUCACACAGCAUAUGUAUUAGUUAAAACAUGGCGGAUCCCAAGUAUAAACAGUUGCCUCCUCUAACCUCCGCUGCUGAGUUCUCUGACAUCCGUGAGAAUCCGCUCCGGACAUAUCUCCUGGGAAUCAUCAUCUCUAUAUGUGGGAACUUUCUCAUCAGCAUUUCCCUCAACAUACAGAAAUACGCCCACGUGCGCCAGUCUCAGCGUGGCUCCAAGCCCUACUACACUUCUGUGCUGUGGUGGUGCGGUGUGAUCCUCAUGGGCGUCGGAGAAUUGGGGAACUUUGCUGCUUACGGCUUUGCCCCGGCAUCACUCAUAGCCCCCCUGGGCUGUGUGUCCGUCAUUGCCAGUGGUGUCAUAUCAGUGGUUUUCCUUAAGGAGACGGUGCGUGCCUCUGACAUUGUUGGUGGCACAUUGGCAUUAACAGGAACAUAUCUCCUGGUGACCUUCGCCCCCCACACAUCAACGCACAUCACAGCCCAACUAGUCCAAUAUUAUGCUAUUAGCUGGCAUUUCCUCGCUUAUCUUUCUAUAGAGGUCGUAGUCUUUUGCAUCCUGCUCUAUCUGUACAAGAGGAGGAAUGUGAAGCACAUCAUCAUUGUGAUGCUACUGGUGGCCCUGCUUGCCUCUCUGACAGUCAUCUCGGUGAAAGCCGUGUCAGGAAUGAUCACCGAGUCUGUGAAGGGCCACCUACAGCUCAUAUACCCCAUCUUCUAUGCCAUGCUUGUCGUUAUGGUCGCCUCCUGCGCCUUCCAGAUCAAGUUUCUCAAUCAGGCGAUGAAAAUGUUUGAUGCCACAGAGGUGGUCCCUAUCAACUUUGUGUUUUUUACCGCAAGUGCCAUUCUUGCAGGAAUAGUCUUUUACCAGGAAUUUGAAGGCCUGGCUUUACUGAACAUCUUCAUGUUCCUUUUUGGAUGUCUCCUGUCUUUCCUGGGCGUGUUCCUGAUAGCCAGAAACAGACCAAAGAUAAAACAGCAAGAGCGGACCUUUAUCGCAAUGGAUAAAAUCCCCAGAAGAAGACACACAGACAAAGUCCAGCCCGAGGCAAAGACUUCGACAUAUGGAUCCCUGGCAGCCAAACUCAUGUGCAACAGAGCUGGCCAGACAGACGACUCAUAGGACCAACUCCAUCUGUCCGCCUCUAUUUAUCUGGCCUUGGUGUGUGUGUGUGUGUGUGUGUGUGUGUGUGUGUGUGUGUGUGUGUGUGUGUGUGUGUGUUUGUGUGCACACCUCCCUCUGGUUCGCCUGUCACAGGCAUUGGAAAUGACAGCUAUAUUUCAAUAAUGCCUCUCUAUUUAUACUGGCUAAUGAAAGGCAUCCAUUCAAAUUGAUGCCGGCAGCAUUGAAGUGUCGUUGGCAAUAUUGAUAUCGGAGAUUUUAUUUACUCCUUCAUGAAUCCAAAUCUGAAAAUGGCAUAUUGCAGAAAUAUUGUUUUUCUGUCUUUGCUGUGAACAGUACUUCCCGUAGCGCGUACAUGAAUUGCUGAUGAGAAAAAGGGACUGUUAAAAACGAGAAAAAAGAUGAAACAUCUCAGGAUCAAAGUAAAAAAAUAAAUAAAAAAUGCAUAUUUAAAACCAAAUGCAACUUUCAACCUUUUCUAUUUGGAGAGGUUCCAGUAGGCCAUCGCAACAAAUGCAAUCCCUCCCUAACAUAAGAGCCAUUCUGAUAAUUGCCUAAUUUGAAGAACCAGAUCCCCGUGGAGUCUAUCGUCUUGUCAAUAAACAAUGAUCAAUGUUGAUGCCCAAACAUCGUCUUAAAAUACCUUCAGCGUUCUGUGAAGCACCAGUGCCCCCUACUGGCAGGAAACCUCAAAAGAUGAACAAGCAGUUUUAAUGCAUGUGAUAAUCUGGAUUUAGGAAAGCGCAUAGAAGAAAACUUGAGCUCAACUGACAUAGCAUUGAUUCUACAGUUGUAACAGAGAGCACAGGGGACUGGCACCCCCCCCCCCCCCAAAAAAAAGGAAAAAAACAGUUCUGUGGCCAUCUUAUGGAAGAUACUGACUCCAAUCAUAUGUGACCUUUUUUUUUAAGUGCCGACCGUGACCAGUAUUCUCUGUUGUUAUAUAGAGAUCUGUUAUUGAAUAAUAACUAUGAAUGUCUCAUUGACAGCCAUUUUCUUGGUAUUGCAAUAGGUUUUAUAACCUGCUCCAAACAACAAAUAAAUCUGUUGCAGAGCCUACACACCUAUCUUUACCUCAUGUUACCGCAAAUAUACCACAGG